AUGGACCGCCUGACAAGAGAUUCUUCUAUCAGUGCAACCACUCCAUUAUUUAUGGAUCAUGAGUCUAAAAAAUUUGAUAGCAUAUCUCCUACUAAGCCACUAGAUUUUAGUAGGAAAAUGGUAGGAUCGGGAUCCAUUCGUAGUAUAGGUUCUAUACCCAACAAUAAUGAUUAUCAGCGUUCAGGUUCAAGUAGCACUAUUGCUACUGCAAAUGAAUCCUUUACAACAGCCCACUCUUUUGUCACAGACAAUAUUCAGAGCAAAACAGCAAAGGAUUAUUACCAAAACAAUAACCAGUAUACAGAUCAACAAAGGUCAAAACACGAUUUUAGAAAUCUAUUAAAUACUACAGGGUCUAAUAGCAGUGUCAAUAGAGAUAUGAACUAUAAUAAUGACAACGAUGAUACCACUCCAUUGGUACUGCCGAGACCAGUAAUGAAUAAUGAAGAUUAUGACAGGAUAACUCCCAAAGCUGGGAACCAGAGUGUUACCUCAUUGGGGACAUCUAUGAGUGUCGGAGAAACUAGUGAGAGACUAAAAGGAUUAGGAUUAUACAACAGUAGAGAAAACCUUAAUAAUGGAAGCAAUUUGGUUAAUAACCAGAUGCAAUCUUCCCCUGUCAAAGCUAUUAGAGUGUCUAGAAUUAUCAACCCAUCUCAAAACUCUAUAGGCAAUGGCGUAUCUUCAAUGCUUCCCCAGCCUACAGAGUCUAGUGAGAUAGAAUCUUCUCCUGUAAAGACAAUCAAUGAUAGUAUUGGAGAAGAUAGCUUUAAUUUUGAAACGACUACCGAUUCGAUGGAAUUAAUGACAAAUGAUUCAAUAAAUGAAACAUCUUUUAAAGAUUAUUCCAGCUAUCAAGAGUCUGGUUUAGUUAGAGACUCAUCGAUUAAUAGUCUAGAUGAACAAAGUUUUGCGUACUUAUUUAUUGUAGCAACACACUCUUUUGACCCAAAUUCUUUACAAAGUGCUGAAGAUGCUUCUAUUUGUUUACCAUUUAAGAAAGACGAUGUUGCUUUUGUACAUAAUGUUGAUGAAUCCGGUUGGGGUGAGGUAACCUUGGUCAAAAACCAAUUACGUGGAUGGGUUCCAUUCAACUAUUUUUCAGAUAUUAUUCGUGUAAACGAUACGCCAUCUUUAAAACCUGAUGAUUAUAGAUAUCUCAUUGAUACAAGGAAACCUCUGGAAAAAUUAUUAACAAAUAGUGCAAAAUUUUUACUCAAUCCUCAGGACACACGUUUAUUAUCAUUAUCGGAGCGCACAUUCAAUAUCAAUUAUAUCAACUCUGUAAGAGAUGGUGUCAAGUCAUUACUUGAAUUGACCAAUUGUGUUUCACGUUCCAACCAACUUGUUCAAACCCAAAGUGUAGUAAGAAAAGCACGUAAAAAAUUAUUGGCUGAUUGGUAUACAUUAAUGAUCAAGGCUGACCACUAUAAGAAUACAUCCUCGGAAGCAAAAAUCAAAAAAUUAGUUGAUCUAGUUUUUGAAGUAUUAAGAAGAUCUUUUGCAUUUUUCGCAAUUUGGUCAGUAGAAAAGGUUAAAUUUGAAAGUAGUGCUCAAAGUAGAUCACCAAAAAGAUUAUCACAGGAUGAUGCAAGUUCGUUGAGAUCUAGAUCCAGUUCUAGCUCUAGAAGUCGCCAAAUGUACUACCUUAAUACCCAACCAACAGCAAUUGGGAGAUUACAUGAAAUUUAUGAUAUCUUAUUCACGUAUAUUGGUCUAAUCCUAGGUAGGCUAGAUUUGAUUGAACGUAACCCUACAGGGUGUGAAACGUUGGAAUUUAUUGUCCACCAAAUGAUUAUAUUACUUCGUGAACUAUUGUUUAUCAGUAAAUCAUGUUCCUCCAUUCUUCAAUCAAAAUAUGAUGAUGCUUAUGAAAACACAUUAGAUAAAAGUUUGGAUCCGCUGCUUUCUCUGGUAUCUCAAUUGGUUUCUUGUAUCAAGCUUUUAGUCACACAGACACUGAAGGAAAAUGGAAAUUCAGACCAAAGUAUUCAAAUUAAGCAAGACUUUUAUAAUUCUACGGAGAAUGGGAAACAAUUGAUCUUGAUCGUAUCUAACAUGACCUCAUUGAUUGCUACUACUAUCACAGGAUGCAACAAUUAUUUAAGAGUUAUCGGCGAUUUUAAGCUUGGUUCUGAUAGAAGGUAUCCUGAUUUAAAAAAAAUAAAGAUCACACCUGAUAAAUUUAUUGAAAAGUGCUCUUCGGGUUUGGUACGUAAGCUGGGAAGAGAUUCACUAAGAAGAUCACUUGAAGUAGCAGAGGAUUUAAAACCAAGUAAUAAAAGCCCAAAGAGAAGAGUUUCCCGCUAUUCAAGCAUUAGAGCAGGUACUAGUCAUGAAUUAGCGUUUACUUAUGAAGGUACCCAGUUUUUGAAAGAAAUAACUCCCGAUGAACCAUUUUCAAAAGAUGCUGUAUUUGAUAAAUUCAAACUUGACGAUUCCCUUGCAUUUGGUAAAUUACCAUUGCCUGAUGAAGGAAACGAUUUACAUAACAGAGAGGUAAUGCAAAAUGAGAUAAUGUAUAGUAAUGACGGUGAUAUAAUUGGGAUUUCCUUCAGAGCAUUGGUGUAUAGAUUAACCGACGAGGUUGACAAGGCGGAUGACUAUUUCACCUCAACCUCGCUUCUUAACUUCAGAAGUUUUGGGGAAGUAGUCGAUCUAAUUGACCUAUUAAUUUUAAGAUUUGAUACAUCUAACAAAUAUAACUUGGUAUCACACAAUGAAAAAGCUGGCAACUACUCAUCCAAAUCAUCUCGUCUAAAAAAUAGGAGAAAACUGGUUUGUAAAAUUUUUCAAACAUGGAUGGAAAGCUAUUGGAACCCUUCAACAGACUUCGAAUACUUAUCGAUAAUGAUUAAUUUUUUUAAUGAAGGUGUUUCAAAAUAUCUACCAUUGGAAUCCAAAAUUUUAAUAGAAUUGGCAGCACGACUUCUAUUAUUGCAUGAAAACACUGGGAAAGGUAUCUCAAUAUCACAAAUUAAUGAUCAGUUGAUACCGAGAGAUAUUGUUCAGCAUAAAUCUACAUCAGUAAUCUCAGAUUCAUCAUCAACAUUUUCUGGUAACAGUAGGUCUUCUAUUUUUUCAAUAGAUGAAAAAAUAAUUGAAGAAUAUGAGUUAACUCAUGUUACUGCUCCAUCAAAUCAUACCUCUAUUUCAUUACCAAUCCCAGUUUUAAAUUUAGGAAGAUCUGCAUUACUUUCGAAAUAUAAUAUGCAAGAUAUGGAAAGAUUGGUGACCAUUUAUAGAUUCGUCUUGAACAAUGCUUCUUUGCCAUUCUCUGAAGUCUAUUUCGAAGCUGAAGAAGAUUUAAAUGUUCUAAUAAAAAAUUGGAAUUAUCUUUUGACUGUAGAUAAAAGCACUACUUCGAAUAUUGUACACAAUGAGUUGAACUUAAUCAAUUUAAAUCCAUUGGAAGUAGCUAAACAAUUGACUUUGAUUGAAUCAAAGCUAUAUAUGUCAAUCGAACCUUUUGAGCUGGUGAAUGAAAAUUACCUAGAGAAAAAGUCCAAUUUAAAUGUAGCAAUUCACGUCAGAAUGAUUAUGAACUUCACCAAUCAAUUAUCACAUUACGUUAUGGAGUCAAUAUUGUCUCCAGAAAUUAACAAUAAUGAUCGUGUUAACCGACUAAGAAGUUGGUUGAAGAUAGCUCUUUCUGUAUUGUAUUUCAGAAAUUAUAACUCUGUGGCUUCUAUUAUGACAGUUCUUCAAAAUCAUGCUAUUACAAGACUGACAUUUUUAUGGGAUUUAUUAGAUGAGAAAGACACAGAACUUUAUGAAUAUUUGUCCAGAAUUGUUCACCCAAACAACAACUUUAAAGUCUAUAGGAACAAAUUGAAGAAUAUUAUGAAUGAGAAUUUACCAAAUGGAUUACAUGCUGCUAAAUCAGCAUUGCCAUGUGUACCUUUCUUUAAUUUAUUUUUACAAGAUUUAACUUUUAUUUCAGAAGGUAAUAGUAACUUCAGAAAUCCCGAUUCAUUCAGACCAAAUAAAUUAAUUAAUAUUGAUAAAUACUUCAAAGUCACCAAGACGAUUAGUACAGUUCAGUAUUUCCAAGUGGCAUAUGAUGUACAAGAAGACCCAAGCCUGAGUCAAAGGGAAUCGUUUUUCAAUAUCCCUGAAACCAUAGAUGUCGAUACGAACAAUAUCACCCCUGUACCAUUAUUACAAGAGUUUAUCCUUUUCGAAUUCUGGAGAGUGAACACACUAUACUCAAAGGGACAAGAUAGAGGUUAUGAACUGAGUUUAAAGAUUUUAGAACGUUCCUGA